CGUGUAAAAAAAGUUCGUUCAAAAGUAAAUGUGACAAAAUGUGACAUGAAAAAAACGUGACGAAUAUCUCGAAAUACAUUGUUCAAUACCACACUGUUCAAAUACAUUGUUCACUGAUAAAAAGAUGUCUAAGGAGGCUAAAUCUACCACAAUUCGUAAAAGAAAUCAAGAAUCAAUCACACAGUCGAGCAAAGAAACGCAUCACAAAGCGCAAAAAGCAGAUUAUGACAAAAGGUCUGCGUUUAAUAUUACAGUAUAUAUAUAUUGCCGUGCAGUGCAACACGUUUGUUUCAAUUUCAUGUUUUUCUGAUUUUUAUUGCUUUUUCUUUGCAGGAUUCAUUGCAACGCAGAAUCGUUGCUGAGUUUCAGCAGUGGUUUUGAAAAUUAUCGAGGGUUACUAAAUAAUUGUAUAGUGCUACUGGUAAUAUAUAUUCUAUUGCAUUCUUGAUGGCAUUUUUACAUAUUUGUGUUUAAUAUAGUAUUUGAAACUUUAGCAGAAACCCUAGUUGUUUAUAUGUAGUUUGGAGCUGUAUUUUGUAAUUUUUUAUUUCAAAUUUUUAAUAUUGUUCACACGAUUGCUCAAUAUAAGUUGGAGAGGGGUGCUGUGUGUAGGAGGGCAGUCAGGCACGAAAUUAUUGCCCCUGAUACAAACGCAAUUUCAAGGCCAAUUCGAAAUUUGAAAUUGGUGCAGAUGGGCAGAUGCAUUAAAUUGGUGGGGUGCAAUAGGAGUGGAUAUUAACCCCUAUCCUGCAAGAUUACCCUUGAUUUUUAGGUCAAUCUGAGUACCCUAACUGUGUAAAACCAUCUGGCAAAGUGCUUGAUGGUCAAGGCGGUGGGGAAUACUGACGAGCAAGUUGAGUGGUCUGGAGCACUUAAACCUAAUUCACACAGGAAACCAAUUUUAUUUAUACAAUAUGCUAUGACCGAACAAAUUAGCGAAGUAUUGAUUUGGUGCGCUCGUAGCAGGCAGUAUAAACCAAGCUUAAAGUAUUAACACAAUCAACAGGCACAUUGAUGUGUUAGAAGAGACAUUGGUAGAUUUGUAUUACAGUAAGUCUGGUUGAGACAUGAAGCAGGCACAGACAGUUGGAGCUUAAAGUAGUAUCCUAUUCUGCAGCUGUGCCCAUGCCUGUUAAUGCUUUUGUAUGCAUAAUUUCUGUUACCUAACAUUAGUCUUAAAUUAAUUGGACAUUUGAUUUAUUGUUUUAGAUUUUGUCAAGUUUCCGAUUAGCUUUGGAUAACUUGCUGAAGUAAGGCAACUCUUGCACACCUACUAGUUAUCAGUAUUCACACACAUUCGCUAGUUGGUUAGAGCGCUGCACCUGAAUCGCAGGGCCACAGGUUCAAUUCCUGCCAGAGGGCCUUAUAUAGUUGAAUUUUUCACUACUGUCUACUGCUCCUGGUUAGGUCUAGUGUAUAAAAUUUACUCUCCAAAUUCUCAUCUACCCCUUCAACAAUUAGUCUAUUAUGCCUGUACUUAUAUGCCUCUCCAUGCACAUGCAUGCACUCAUGUGCUGAACUUAAAUUCAUGUGCUGAACUUAAUUUAGUUAAUUGUGUUAGAUACAGUGGACUUGAUACAAGAGUGACAGUGAUACAAAAUAUAAUGUUGUUGAUGAGGCUGAGCAACCAGGAAAUAACGUAAAACAGGCUCUGCCAAACUUUUGUCUCCAAAUUCUGCUGCACCUAAUUGAAUUGGUUCAUUGCACCUAUUAAACUUGUCAGUUAGCCGCAUGGGCUGGAGAUGCAUUUGAAAUUGAUUUUAUAUCAUAUUACACUCCUAUGACCUGCCUCCUCCCAUCAAGUUUCAACAUGACAUUGAUGGGCAUUGUCUCUUUAUUAUUGUGCAGGUAUGGAAUACUUUUUGAUCCAAUACCUGGAAUUGUGAUUUUCUUAGCACACCCCCAGAGAUGGCCAUGUUCUUGCUUGGUGUUAGGUAAUUAGACUUCAUUGCUGUCAUGUAUUAGUACUCUGAUGAGCUUGGUAGAAGGAUGAUCUAUUUACUUCCAGAAUUUUUCUUAUAGCAUCAAAUAUAAACAUUCAAAUAAUGUUUAUUGUAGAGAAAUUAAUGGCUAAGGUAGGUCUUCAAAUUGCAUUGUCAUUGAUGUAUGAUAGUCAGAUUAUGGUGUCAAAAGGAAAAUGUUCGGUGUCAUUGGGUUAACUCAUUGAGUGGCAGCACAUGCUCUCCCUUGAUCAGUAGAAUUGUCUAAAUCCUUGUUUUGCCGACUGGAAUUCAAUAUUUCGCCGACUACCUGGUGACUGGGGUGUUCCACUCCCACACCCCCCUCUAGCACCGACCCUGGUGUUGAUGCAAGUUACUAAGAGGAGAGGGCACCAAAACUUUAAUUCUGCAGAUUUUUUGUAUGCCUAUUGUUUAAUUGACAUAAUUUCUAUUGUUCCUCACAUACAAGGUGGGGAGGGGAUGCAGUUUUGGAUUGUUUUUACAUAGUGUAUUACAUGAAUAGGUGAGCCCCAUUGCUCAGGCUGAUAUUUGUUCCAUUUAAUUACAAAUUGAUUACUAACUACAAAUCUCUAUAGGGAAAGCUGAAUGGUUUCGGAAGUUUCAUACAUAUUACCAAUAUUGCAUGCCUGCUAAUCAUUCCUGCUGCCAUUGUCCUGAAAUUUCAACCUCCACCAUGUAAGUUAUAUAGCAGAAUUUCAGAGAAGAGUGUAGUCCAAAAUCAAGGCUGUGGCUAGCCCCAAAUAAGUGUGGGUGAAAUUUUUCUAUUUCAUGCAUUUUAGACACGUUUUAUGGUAAUAUGAAAGCCACAGAUUUGGUAUACUUUAUGUCAGAGCUAGAUGAAAGUCAGUGAAUGCUCUAUGCCUCUGUCCAAAAUUAAAGUUGUAGAGAACAAAAUAGCUAUAAUAAUGGUCUAUAGUGAUACAAUUUUGUUAAUAAAAUCAAUCACACCUUGAAUUUUGAGGUGCGUGCAUGUGAAUGUAAACCUUUUUAUUUAAGACGAACUUGUGUAAUCACCCAUUGUUCAAUUUAGCCCUGGUGUGGAAGUAACCAAGGUGACUCAGACAUGUUAGUAGGAGACAAAACAACAGUGUCUCUAAUUUGUGAUUCAUUAGAUCUGUUUGUAUUACUAAUAUAUAAUAGCUCUACUUUUAAUAUCAUCGUUUUGCCAUCAUCACUUUCAACAACACUUAAUUAAUCAUUCGACUUCAACCAUUUUUUUAUUGGCAGCAUUUUUGCCCCAUUCUAGUGAUGUAUUUGUCAGAGGGAAAGCUGUUACCCCUUUCAUAAAUCUUUCACUGGAAAUUUUUUUCUAAAUCCUCACUAUGUAAAUUAAAUCGUUGGGAAUAGUAUGGAAAUCCAAUUUUCAUACUGAUAUCGAUUGUUAAAUGGCAAUAUACUAUGGAAUUGCAAUUGCAUUCACUAAAUCCACAGUGUGGAUUUCACAAUUGCCGUUUUCUAGUGUUUUUGCGGGAUACACUAAUUGAAAACACCUGUCGUAUAAAAUGAAAGACCUGUUUUAGAUAUUACUGUUCGCUUGCAAGAUUAAGCUGGCUUGCGAGAUUAUGUAGGAAUGCGAAGUCCUCACACAAUUUUUUUUCAGAUUAUUUUGGCGCAUUUGCAGAACGAAACGUUAACGUUUCAUACAUUUGGAAGCAUUACGAAAUAUUUAAUUACUUACUAUUUUGUAAAUACAGAAACGUAAAAAAAUGAUGUACUACUACUAGUAAAAUAUUCACAUUCAAUGACAAUGGCUAACUGUUUUUCAGGACUUAAUAUCCUAUAUAAAUGUGCCCAAAUAAUAUUCAUAAUCAUAUAUAAAAAUUUUAACCUCAAUAAAUGCACCGCAAUAAUCCAAUAUAGGGUAUUCCGUUAUCGCAUUGAUCUGGUACACAAUUCUGUGGUUGAAGUACAUCUCGUAUAUAUCAGUCAAUAAAUGGCUGAGAGAAGGCAGCAUGACUAAUCCUCCUCCUCUCACCUCACCUAAUGACGACGAGAAUGGAAAAGGUAAGUUGGGGGGGGGGGGUGUUUAUAAUAUUUCUUUUCCCAAAAUUGUUGGCGAGCGUGUAGGGGUAAAACAUUUUCCGGACAUACCAUACCGUCAUUUGUUAAAUUUUUCGGUAAUAUUUUCGUAAGUUUAUCAAAAUUUUGGCUAUAACUAUUACCUUUUAAUCAGAGCCACUCAAACAUUUUCGCUGACUACGAAAACAAUUUGCCGAUAAAUCCGUUAUUUUGCCGACGGGAUUUGUAAUAAUUGUUUGACGGAACAGACUCAGUGUUGAUUGCGUACAUUGGCGAAGGACCCCCGGUUUUAACUGAAACAGGCCACUGGUCCUGCCCAUUUAGUGGCGGCGGGGAGGGGGGGGUCUACGUUGAAACGAUACAAAAUUUGCUGAAAUGCAUCAACUUCGCCAUUUUGUCAUCCUUGUUCAGGGGCGGCUCCCUGAUUGAUUUGGGCCCCUGCCCUGAGCCAAGCGGCGCCCAAAGGAGUUACGCCACCGAUUGUAUACCUUGCGAUGUGUUUUAUUUUUCUAGAGAAAUUUCAAAAUGGUGGCACACAUAUAAAAUUAAAUUUAGUGAAAUAUCCAGAUAAUUUAACACAAAUAGGUAAUGUAUUUGCUAUAUAGUUAUAGUACACACCUAAAAACGCACAGGUUGUUCCAAGUUGAUAUCGACAGGCGUGAACAAUGUUGUGCGGCCAACUAUGAACAAGUUGUCAACCAUGUUGUUCCAAGUUGUUACAGUUGAACAAUGCUGUAACAACAUGUUGACAAUACUGUUCAUAGUGGCCCCCAAAACCUUGUUCACGCCUGUUGAUAUCAACCUGGAACAAGUUGUUGAUUUUCUCAAUUUUUACGCGUGUACCACUGAACAAACCCUGCUAGUCACAGCAACAAUUAUUUUAGAAUCCUCGCCUAUUAGGGACCAAAAGCCCGUUUUCCACUAGGCGAAUUUGUUCGCGCGAAGCAAUUUUUUCUGGUUGGUAUCUAAACAAGUUGGUUACAUUCACUAUUCUUAUUACAUGUAGAUUUGUAUUAUUUCCUCAUGGCGCCGACGCUGUGUUACGAGUUAAAUUUUCCACGCUCAAAGAAAAUAAGAGUCCGGUUUCUUUUGAGAAGAAUUGCCGAGUUUGUAAGUCGAAAAAUAUUUUCAAACUAAUGUUUGGUGGAGCGUGAUGACUUGUUAAUGAGCGUUGGUAUAUUUAAUAUUUGAGUCAGUCGAAGAAGAAAUGUAUUAUAACUUUAUAAUAAAAAAUCCAAUCUUGAUCAACUUUUUCACUGUCAAGGUUUCCAGAUAUGAUGUCAUUAGAUGAAUUGCAAAUUAGUUUUCCUUUGUUUUUUGUACCAGAAAUUCACCCAAUGACAUCAUAUCCGGAAACUUUGACAGUGAAAAGGUUGAUCAAGACGAGGUUUUUUACUACAAGUACAUACUACAUUUCUUCUCAGAAUGACUCAAAUAAUACACAUACCAAAAAUCAUAUAUUUCCGGUUUUUCGCACUUUAAUGACAUUUCUAUAUACUACUUUUUAGUUAUUCCUCAUUGGAGUAAUAUUGGCAAUUGUACAACAGGUAUGUAAAUGACAUCUUUUGGGCAUGCUGCCCGGAAAAAAAUUAAAUUUUGGUCUCUGUCUGAAACGGCGUUUCCUACCUGCAUUGUGGAGCCAUUUGGAGAAAAAUGUAAAGAUCUUAAUAAAUCACUUUUUAAUUGAUUUCAGAAUACUUGACAAUUUAAUUCAGCGGGAGACAUACGCCCGUAUUCUAAAAGCUCACUCACACUCAAUGAGUGGAGGUUCAAUCUGAGCUUCUCUUGAGUGUCAAUGCUGUUUUUGAAUAUCACCGAGUAAGGUAUAACACUAGCCCUCCAGCUAUUCAAAAACAGCAUUAACACUCGAAUGAAGCUCAGAUUGAACCUCCACAAUUGAGUGUGAGUGAGCUUUUAGAAUACGGGCGUUAGUCACAUAGAAAUUUAUAUUAGAACAAAGUUUGGUUGUAUACGAGUAGAUGUGCGCAAGAUACACAACACUGCCUGAUGUCAACUUCCACCCCCAAUUCAGAAUUUUCAUCGGAUAUUAACGAAUCCGGCUAAAACUACACUCUGAAGAACAUUGGAAGGUGCAAGUGGUAGGAACAUGUUAAACUAGCUGACGAUUUUUCCAACACAAUUCAUUUGUUAUAUAGUGGAUGGUUCCAACUAUUACCAACUCUUUCAAACCGUUACAAGUAAGUUCUGCUCAAUUGCUGUUAUAUUAUCAGGAAUUAGACGUCAAGCUGAAAUAUUCAAUAUCUCCUUUUUAUGAUGGUAGAAUGACACAGUAAUAACUUUCUUACAGGAAAUGGACUAUCCGCGUAUGGUUGAAAGAAUAAUGAAAUUGGCUGUAAGUAUAUAAAGGCCCAUUUGAAAAUUUUCCACGGGCAGAACAUUUUCCAAAACUAUCAUUGUUAAAAGUUGAAAAUUUUCAACUUCAAAUUUUUUAUUUUGGGUUAGCCAAAAAAUUGUUUGGCAUUUUUCUAUUCCUCUAUUAUAGUGUGUUAUAUUGCUGAACUUGUAUACUCGAUAUAUUUACAGGUUCCUAACCACCUGAUGUGGUUGCUGUUCUUUUAUUGUUUCUUUCAUUCGUUUCUCAACAUUAUGGCGGAGAUAUUGAAAUUUGGGGAUAGGACAUUUUAUAAGGAUUGGUGGUGAGUUAGGAUGAAUGUCUAAACUGGCACUAGACACGAAGAAAUUUGCAAUUAUAUACAGAGUGUUCCACCAACAAUGCACCACGCAUGCAGUAUAACUGUGUUCCAGAUUUUUACGCAGCUAAUUUGAAAUUUGGGGAUAGGACUUUAGCUCUUGAAGAAAAUGAUUUCUAAAUAUGUUUAAAUAGAAAAAAAAUCUCAAAGUAGAAAUUUUGCAUAUAGGUAAAUUCUAAGUUUUGCAGGAUUGGUAAGAAAUGUUUGAAGAAACUGACUUAGUGUUAAACACCGAAUCAGUUCCCUUUGAGCAUUUAGUUUUACAAAUCCUUCAAAACCUAGAGUUUACCGAUGCAAAAUUCCUACUGCGAUCACAGAAACUUUGAUAGUGUAAACCAACCUUAAGACAUGAAUUUGGACACUAAGAUUAUUAAAAUUGGUCUAGUAGAACCAAAGGCUGUUUCACCCAAUGUACCAUUGAAAUCACGCAUCAGGUGUGGUAAGAGUAACUAAUUACAAAUAUUAUAAAAUAUUAUAAAUAUUUACGAAUGCAAAAUGUUUUGUGGUAGUAUGACACACUGUCAGUAUCGAGUAAUACAAGAAAUAAAAAUGAAGUUAUUUCUACGAGUACUCUAUUUACAGUAUAUAAUUGAAGAAGUUUGGAAGUAUCAAUAGUAUUGAUGAUCCCUACCAGACCAAUUUAAAUAAUCGUAUAGUGUCAAAAUUCAUCUCUUGGACUGAAUUUUCAAUGGCCACUAAUGAUUGCCCCGUUUUUCUGUAGGAAUUCCACCACAAUUCAACAGUUUUGGAAAACCUGGAAUAUUCCUGUUCAUCGCUGGGCACAACGGUAUGAUGAGCUUACAAGAAUUGGUCGAGGUUUUGAGUUUGAAAGGAAAACAUUGAUUGAAUGGGAAUCUCCUUAGCAACAAUGCCCCAGCCAAAAUUAAUUUUCGUGAAUGCGAAAACAUAGAAAAAGAAACAUCGUUACUAACUUCCGGACAAGGGCCUUCGCUCGAAACGUCAAAGUUCUCCUUGUAUUUUUCAGGCAUAGUUGCAUCCCUAUCGAUCCGAAGCUUUCUUAACUAAAAUCACUCCAUCUCUAGUUGUCAUCCUCUGUUAAGCUGCCACCCAAAAAUGGUGGACAAGGCGUGGUCGCAUGGCGUAAGAAAGGCUAAUAUAGACCUCCGCAAAUUUUGUAGAAAUUAAUUUUCACAUAUAUAAACUUUAAUAUCACAUGUGAAAACAAUAUGUGUAACAUAUAAGUAUUUUCACGUGUGAAAUAUUCAAAUUUCACAUGUGAAAUUAUGUGUGAAUUUUCCGUAACGUUGCUACAAAUUCCUUUGUUCCUGUUGUUCUUGAAAAAAGCCGAAGAAGGGAUGGUGAGAUGGCUCCAUCCCUCGCUGAAGGCUUAGAAUCAAGAGAUGCCUUGCGAAGAUGUUAAGAAAAGCCUUGUUGAAACACUCUCUAUUAAUAAAAUACAUGCAUUUUAAUAAUUUUCAAAAUUCAAGUAUUAUGUAUGUUGUAUUUUUAGGCAUCUUUACUUUCCAUUGAGAAGACGAGGUUACUCUCAGAUCACUGCAAGCGUUUUAGUCUUUUUACUGUCAGCGUUUUUCCAUGAGGUAGAGUAUGUUGCAAUUACGCUAAAAUAUUCAGCCCUUGCAAGUGACGUCACAUAACUGACGUC